AUGUUACAUCGAUUGUUGUUUUCACGAUUUUUUCAUUAUCGAUAUUUAUCAUCAGUUGCUGCUUGGCGUGAAAAAUUUUCUCAGGGUCCUUCAUUAAAGUCAUUUAUUGAACAAACAGUUAAUCAAAUACAACAUGAACCAACUCUUCCACCAUAUCUAACACAAAAUAAUAUCGAUGAUUAUGAACCAUUUGAUCCAUUAAAACAUCCAAAACGUCGUGUAUAUUUUCAUGUAUAUGGUUGUCAAAUGAAUGAAAAUGAUACUGAUAUAGCAUACACAUUUUUGGAUAAACACGGCGGUUAUGAACGUGUUCAUAAUGAAGAUGAUGCUGAUAUUGUUUUAUUAAUGACAUGUAGUAUUCGUGAAGGUGCUGAACAAAAAAUUUGGAAAAAACUUCAAUCACUUGGACAUAAAAAACGAGCACGUUCACCCUAUGCUCCACCAUUUCAAAUAGGUGUACUUGGUUGUAUGGCUGAACGUUUAAAAGAAAAAUUAAUUGAACGGGAAAAAAUUGUUGAUGUUGUUUGUGGUCCAGAUGCAUAUCGAUCCUUACCAAAUUUACUUGAUCAAACUCUUUUAAUGUCUGAUCAAAAAGGUAUUAAUACAAUUUUAUCAUUAGAAGAAACAUAUGCUGAUAUAACACCACUUCGAUUUGAUACGAGUAAUCGACGAGCAUUUGUAUCAAUUAUGCGUGGAUGUAAUAAUAUGUGUACAUUUUGUAUUGUACCAUUUACACGUGGACGAGAACGAAGUAGACCUAUGAUAAGUAUACUUGAUGAGCUUCGUUAUCUAGUUGAUCUUGGAAUAAAAGGUUCUAUUCGUUUUGCAACUCUACUUGAUCAAGCAUCAAAUAUUUCAUCUGAACUUCGUAUACGUUUUACAUCACCACAUCCAAAAGAUUUUCCCGAUGAUUUAUUAUAUAUAAUGCAUGAUCGUCCGAAUAUUUGUAAAUCAAUACAUUUACCAUGUCAAAGUGGUAGUACACGUAUGCUUGAAUUAAUGCGUCGCGGUUAUACCAAAGAAUCUUAUUUAUCAUUAGUCGAACAUAUUCGUUCGAUUAUACCUAAUAUAGCAUUAUCAUCUGAUUUCAUUGCUGGUUUUUGUAGUGAAACUGACGAUGAUCAUCAUGAUACACUUGAUGUUAUUAAUCGUGUACGAUAUAAUUUUAUAUAUUCAUUUCCAUAUUCAAUGCGUGAAAAAACCAAAGCACAUUAUCAUUUAAAUGAUGAUAUUUCAUUGGAUAUAAAAUCUCGACGACAUUUAGAAAUUCAUGAACUAUUUCGACAUCAUGCACAUUUAAUCAAUCAAUCAUAUAUAGGUCAAAUACAAUUAUGUCUUGUUGAAGGACCAAGUAAACGUUCACCAGAUAAUGAAGUUGCUGGAAGAAAUGAUUAUAAUACAAAAGUAAUAUUUUCUAAACAAUUAUUAAAUAGUAAUGAAAUAUUACAAUCGGGUGAUUAUGUUGAAGUUCGAAUUGAUUCAGCAACAUCACAAUCAUUAAAAGGCACACCAUUAAAACGAACAACACUUAAAGAUUUCAAUUCGUUAAUAAAUACUUGUUGUUAA